CACUCCCUCCCCCUUCCCUGCCAGGUUCUUCCUAUGAGUGGGCACAAAGCCCACAGGGGGUGGGGCUGGGACUUUUAAAAGCACGUCCCAGCCCCGCCACCUUCACUCGGCCCUCCCCGGCGCCGCUCCCCCGGCACGUGACGCUGGAAGUCGCCGACUCCGGCUCGGCCCCCGCCUCCCUCGCCCUGCUUGCGUCCCCUCGCGAGCCUCAAGAUGGCGUCGCUCAGGCGGCUCGGGCGCUGUUGAAUGGAGAAAGCUUUAUUGUUCCCCGAGCCGCCGCCACCAGCCCCAUCACCUCCCGAAGCCCGAGUGUUCGCGUGUCCUCCGAGCCGCUGUCAAUAAAGAACAGACAGUUUGAAUCGGCGGCGCCGAGCAGCUGGUCUUGAUCAUCAAAAAGGCAUUUUGGCAAGAAGGCUAAACAGUGCUCUACUUGCCCCCAGCUGGAGCAAUGGAACUUCCCAACUAUAGUCGCCAGUUGCUGCAACAACUGUAUACACUCUGCAAGGAAAGACAGUUCUGUGACUGCACCAUUUCUAUUGGGACAGUUUAUUUCAGGGCCCAUAAACUGGUCUUGGCUGCUGCCAGCCUCCUCUUUAAAACAUUACUGGAUAAUACAGAUACAAUCUCUAUUGAUGCGUCUGUUGUGAGUCCAGAUGAGUUUGCUCUCCUGUUAGAAAUGAUGUACACUGGCAAGCUCCCUGUGGGCAAACACAACUUCUCCAAAAUUAUCUCCUUAGCUGACAGUCUGCAGAUGUUUGACGUGGCAGUUAGCUGUAAGAAUCUGCUCACCAGCCUUGUAGGCUGCUCUGGUCCAAGUCAAGUACUAAGAGAUUCUUCCCCUCAGACAGUGGAGCCAUGCAAAAAUGAUGCCGAUUCUGAUCGACGGCUGCUCGGGAAUCCUUCCCCAAAGAAUGUGAUUGUGUCUUCCCAUUCUGCAGAGGUUCUACCUCCUCCUGUGGCUCUGAAGGCCGACACUGUGGUGGUGGUUAGUGCAAUGACACAAGAAGCUGAGGAGGUGAAUCCUGCCAUGGAGCAGCAGGAGGUUGAUACGACUUCUGCUGCUGCCCAGGAAGAGACUCUGGAGAUUGAAAUGAAGGGAGCAGCUUCACCAGGGGAGACUUCCACCAUUUCCCAAAUGCCUUCUCUUUCUCCUGGGAAAGAAGCAAUAAAUGAAGAGGUAGAGGAAGAGAAGGCGGCAAGAGCAGCAUGUAUAUCUCAGAAAGUGACAGAGACCACCACAGAGCCAGAGCAUGAGAGGAGAAUGUAUAAGUUGGAUUUUCUUCUGCAAAAUGAAAGUAUCUUCUCUGAAGUGCUCUGUGUUGCCCAGGAUGUACUGAAAAGACUAGAUGAAUGUAGAAACAUUAAAAGUCCCCAUAAGGAGGCUAUCUUGGAGUGUCUUGAAGCUAAAGAAGGAAUCUCAGCAUUUAAAAGAAUGCUCAGUAAAGUAAGCAACAAUGAAUGCCUCGAUGUUGAGACUGUGGUGUCUUUGUUGGAGCUAUUCCAGGACACACAUCCUGAAAUAAAAGCGGCACUACAAAAGCAAGAUCCAGAAGAUGGAGAAAACAUGCAGCUAAAAAGGAGCACAGAGGAGGGAAAGACCUUGUCCAUCCUGUUACUGGAACACAAAGAAGACCUGAUCCAGAGCAUAACCCAGAUGAGACCUAUUAGGGAAUUUCUAGAGACGGCCCCUGGGGAGCUCCUGACCAAUGUGGAAAAAGAGGUGAUUUUGAAUUGCUGUGAGGGCGGAACACCCAAGGAGACAAUGGAAAAUUUGUUGCACAGAGUGACUGAAGAGAAAACAUUGACUGCUGAGAGUUUGGUUAAACUCCUUCAGGCUGUGAAGAUCACAUUUCCCAACUUGGACCUUCUGCUGAAAGAUUUACAGAAACAAGCAAGUGUGUCAAGCACCACAGUCCAACCGAGCCCUGAUGAUUAUGGGACUGAGCUCUUGAGACGGUACCAUGAAAACCUCUCUGAAAUUUUCACUGAUGAUGAGAUGAUACUAAAGGUAAUCUCAUCUGCAAGCAAUUUAACUUCUGGAGAAAGAGAGGCCCUGGAACAGCUUGUGAAAGGCGACGGUGGACGAGGCGGCUUCGGCUCCCUGGUUUCCGCGGUGCUGGAAGGACAGCCCCUGUUAGGGAGGGCCAUUUGGAAGGUGCUGCUGGGGGCCCAGUCAGCGGAGCCAUGCCCUUUGAACCUGCUCAUGGAGGAGAUGCACAAAGAGCCUGGCGCCGACUAUUUCUUCCAAGCAGUGGCCACCCCAGAAAAUGCUACUAUAGAAAUCAUCUUGAGACAUGGCAAGCUAAUCACUGAGGCCAUUCAGCCGAGAGCUGAGCUAAAGUGCCUCACUCCAGGAGAGGAGAAACUGGCGGAGGCUGUGAAGGAGAUUCUGAGUGCUUCCUGUGAGCCAGCCAGCCCUGAAGCCUCCCUGAAAGCAGCUCUCAGCAGAGUGCAGGAAAAGUCACUCCCCACCAUGGAGAUCUGCCGCCUUCUCUGCACCAUUCAUGAGAUCUUUCCAGGCCUGCAGGCGGUCCUGCAAGAGCUGGGGAACCUGGGUCUCCUUACUAAGGACAAGGAGCAGGGCUCUCCCCAGCGGUGGAAAGUGCUGGAGGGGAAAGGAGAAGCCUCCGGGGCUCCCGAUGAGCCUGUGGAAGGGAGCGAUAAGGAGAAGGGGGCAGCCCUGGUGGAGGAGCUGGAGAGCAGCGCCGCCCCCUCCCCUAAGAAGAGCUUCGUCUGCACAGCCUGCGACAAGAGCUUCCAUUUCUACUGCCGCCUUAAGGUGCACGUGAAACGCUGCCGCGCAGCCCAGGGAAAGCAAGUGCCCUGCAAAGAAUGUGGCGAGACAAAGGCCUCCAAGAAGGAGCUGGAGAAACACCUGCAGGAAGCUCAUGGUGGGGCGGGGGCGCCAGGCACCCCAAAGAAGAAGAAGAGGAGGCUCCCCGUGACCUGUGACAUCUGCGGGAGGGAGUUUGCUCAUGCCUCUGGGAUGCAGUACCACAAGCUGACGGAACAUUUCGAUGAGAAACCUUUUUCAUGUGAAGAAUGUGGGGCUAAGUUUGCGGCCAAUUCGACCCUGAAGAACCAUCUCCGGCUUCACACCGGGGACCGCCCUUUCAUGUGCAAGCACUGCCUUAUGACGUUCACACAGGCGUCUGCUCUGGCCUAUCACACCAAGAAGAAGCAUGCUGAAGGGAAGAUGUACGCUUGUCAGUACUGCGAUGCUGUGUUUGCCCAGUCAAUCGAGCUGUCCCGGCACGUACGCACUCACACUGGAGACAAGCCGUACGUUUGCCGCGAAUGUGGCAAAGGCUUCCGACAGGCCAAUGGCCUCUCCAUCCACCUGCGGACUUUUCACAAUAUAGAUGAUCCCUAUGACUGCAAGAAGUGUAGGAUGAGUUUUCCCACUCUGCAAGAUCAUCGGAAUCAUAUCCAUGAAGUCCAUUCAAAGGAGUACCAUCCCUGCCCUACCUGUGGGAAAAUCCACGCCGCCCCUGUGGAGAACAUGGUGACCCAUGCCCGAGGUUCAGUCGGCAUCUGUGACAAGGCCUAUCAGGUGAGGGCACCUUCUCCUGGCUGCUGGACUUGGCGUGGGUCCAUGUUCAUCCUUCUGGAGUCUGAUGCUUGUAUCAUCCUAUUCAGCUGUGGGCAGGUGAUGGAUCAUUUAGAGCUACCCAGCUACUUCUAGAAGCCCAGGACAGGGGAAGCUAGACUUAACAGGAGCAAAAAAUGUGUCAUUCUGCUCCUCCCAUCUCUGAGAAUUCAGCCAAGCUUUCUUGUUAUGAAAUCACAAUGAGAAACCUGCUUUCUUCCUUGAA